UGGCCACUGUGCCAAAAUACACCCCUUUCCAGCCUUGCGACCGCCACUUCGCCGCACUAGCAUAUUCCACCAUGGUUCGCGCGCCAGCAAUCUGCGUCUCUCAUGGAGGAGGCCCGAUGCCAGUUUUGAACGAUCCUGGACACCUGGACAUCGUCUCCUCGCUGAAGAACCGCGUGCCUAAGAUCCUGAAGCUCGGCACGCCCGACGCCCCGCGCGCCAUCAUCGUUGUGACCGCGCACUGGUCGACGCGGCACCCAACCGUGUCGUCGGGUGCGAAGCACUCGUUGUACUAUGACUAUGGGGGCUUCCCUCCGGAGGCGUACAAGCUCAAGUACGAUGCGCCCGGCUCGCCCGAGGUCGCAGAGCAGGUCAAGGCUGCGCUGGGAAACGCCGGGUUCAAGACGGUGCUUGACAGCCAAAGAGGUAACCAGUGCCCUUCUUGCUUUCAACACAAAUCUUCUCACCAAGUACCAUGUACUGACUUUGAGGGGGGAAAAGGCUGGGACCACGGCGUAUUUAUCCCCUUCCUCCUGAUCAACCCGGCCGCGGACAUCCCGGUCAUCCAGAUGUCCGUGCUCGACAGCGAGGACCCGCGCGAGCACUUCAAGAUGGGCCAGGCGCUGUCGGCCCUGCGCGACGACAACAUCGCCAUCGUCGGGUCGGGCUUCGCGUCCUUUCACAACCUGCGCAUCAUGUUCUCCCUGCGCCACCAGGACGAGCAGACCGCGGCCCAGUUCAAGGCCUCGGUCGACAGGUGGAACCAGAGCGUCACGGACGCGGUGAGCAAGGAUGGGAUCGAGGAGAAGGAGGAGGCGCUGAGCAGGUGGAGAGACAUUGAUGGCAGCUAUGUGAUGCACCCUAGGGGAGGAGCGGAACACUUCCUGCCGCUCAUCGUGGUUGCUGGUGCGGCGCGGGGUGACGAGAAGCUGGGCAAGUAUUCCGAUGAGUUUGUUGGGCUGGACAUGUGGACAUACUACUGGGGUGAUGUGGCCGUGUAGAGUGGAAAAGGGGUCAACGGCUAGACCAGCUCUAUGGCGACAAACUUGUAUAGGCACCAGUCCCACAGAAUACCAGCAUAGCAGCCUCAGACAAAGAGAAGGAACUUUUGAUGAUUCAAGAGGCACGAGCAGACAGAUUCUCCAGCAAUGGCUAGCCGCUGAUGCCAAAUGACAAAUCACCGGGCCUAUGAAGCUUUCCUU